ACGUCCACACUGAGGCGGUCCAGGCGGUGCUGGCGCGACAUGUGGAGAGGAAGGUUGCCGUGCCGAUGCCUUCCAAACGACGCUCGCUGGUGGUGCAGACCUCCAUGGACGCAUACACACCUCCAGGCCUGUCCCCCCUGUGCUCGGACUCGUCGUCGGGCUCAGAGGGAGAGGCGGGGCCCGGGGACGACAUGUCGGCCAUGGAGCACUGGAUGAGCCGCCCGUCACACUUAGGCCCCGCCCACCUGGGCUCCACCUCCUCCUCGUCCUCCUCCACGCAGAGCGGAGGCAGCGGCAACGCCGGGCGGCUGGCCGACUCGCUGGCGCACACACACAUCUCGCACCUGGCGCACACACACAUGGGGCACACACACCUGGGCCAGCUGCACCACCAGCAGAGCCACCUGUCCCAGUCCCACCACGGUAUCAGCCACCUGUCUCUGAAGAGGAAGGGGGCUCUGAGUGUGGCGGAGAACGGAGGAUCACUGAGGAGAUCCUGCGAGUUUGGAUCUGACAUGCUGUGGCCCCCGCCGCUGGAGUCAGACG